AUGCUGCAGCAAAUGCAGCAGCAGCAGAUGCUGCUGCAGCAAAUGCUGCUGCAGCAAAUGCUGCUGCAGCACAUGCUGCUGCAGCACAUGCUGCUGCAAACGCAGCAGCAAAUGCAGCAGCAAAUGCAGUACGAUAUACAGCAGCAACUGCAGCAAGAACAGCAACAGGAGCAACAGCAGCAACAGCACCCGCAACAGCAGCAGCAGCAGCACCAGCACCAUCAACAGCAGCAACAGGAGCAGCAUUUGUUGGUGUGUGCAGCAGGGUUAAUUUGGUCGGCGUUCCCAAAUCUGAGUUAUUUAGAUGUUAAAGAAGCGCUGCUAAACAGCUGUAGAAAAGAAGAAGCACUUGCUGCUGCUGCUGCAUGCGGAGGCUCUUUAGAUGUCUUUGCUGCACUUGUUUAUGCUGCACACCUCUCUAGCGGCACACCUUUUGAGAAAUCUUCAUUUAACCGCACAACGCAGCAACUGCCUGCAGCAGAAGCAGCAGCAGCAGCAGCAGCAGCAGCAGCAGGGGCGAAUGACGCACUAACGCAGCUGCAGCUGCAGCAACAACAGUACCAACAGCAGCAGCAGCAGCCGCUGCAGCCGCAACUGCAACAACAGCAGCAACAACAACAACAACUGCAACAACAGCAGCAACAACUGCAACAACAGCAGCAGCAACAGCAGCAGCAACCGCAACAACAGCAGCAGCAACAGCAGCAAAGAAAGCAGCACAAGACAGAACCAAGGAACCCCCCAGCAGCAGCAGCAGCAGCAGCAGCAGGGCCGCACUUCCCAAGGGAUCCUAUAUCAUUGCUGUCUUCAGUUGUCUUCGCUCCCCUGCCGCUGCACGAUGACAGCAGCAGCAGCAGCAGCAGCAGCAGCAGCAGCAGCAGCAGCAGCAGCAGCAAGACAAGAGGAUCUCGCUCUUCGCUGCUGUCUUUGCUGCCGCUACUCCAAAGAGAGGAAGCAGCUGCCCCCGAUGAGCUGCUGCUGCAGCAAGAGCAGCAUAUAGAACAGCAGCAGCAGCAGCGCAAAGAUACAGAAGCUGCUGUUGAGCACUCUAAACACAUUGAAGCUGUAAACCUCUUAGGGUCUCCUCUGCAGCAACUCGUGCAGCAGCAGCAACAGCAGCAGCCGCAGCAGCAACAGCUGCAGCUACGGCACCCCCAGCUGCAACUGCAGCAGCAACAAUUGCAGCUGCAGCAAUUGCAUCAGCAGCAGCAGCAACUGCAGCCGCAGCAGCAACUGCAGCUGCAGCAACAACUCCAGCAGCAGCAACUCCAGCAGCAGCAACAGCAGCUCCUGCUGCAGCAGCAGCUCCUGCUGCAGCAGCGACUGCAAACCCCACAGCAGCAGCAGCUGCUGCAGCAGCAACUACAACCCUCACAGCUGCAGCAGCUGCAGCAGCUGCAGCAAGAGACCCUGCAGCAACAUAGGCAGCAAUUGCUGCAACAGCUGCAGCAGCAGCAGCAGCAGCAGCAGCAGCAACCAGGAGCAGCGAGACUGCUUAUAGAUCCGCUUGCGCCGGAGCAGCAGCCGAAUGACCACCUGCAGCAGAUGCAGCUGCAGCGUUUGCUGCACCUGCAGCAGCAGCAGCAGCAAAGGCUCCUGCUGCUGCAGCAGCAGCAGCUCCAGUUGCAGCAACAGCAACUCGAACAACAGCAAGCACUGCAGCAGCAGCGCCUUAACCCCGUUGGGGUAUUGCGACAAGGCAGCCAUUCGCUGCCUCAGCAGCAGCAGCAACUGCAGCAGCAGCAGCAGCAACUGCAGCAGCAGGAACAGACACUGCAGCAGCAACUGCUGCAGUUAUGGAGGAACCCACAGGGAUUUUUGCUGCCAGGGGUGCUGCCUGCUGCUGUGAUGCGGCUGCUACCGCUGCUCGACCGGAGCUCUAGCGAAGCAAGCAGCAGCAGCAACAGCAGCAGCAGCAGCAGCAGCAGCCUUUUGUCGGCUCUGUAG